GAGUUCGCUAACAAUGUAGCAUCGUUGGCUCAGGUCUCUUUUGCGUGACUUGCAGCUWAUGGGUGGCGAGUUCUGUGAUGAAGUUUUACUCCAGUAAUUUUGUCUUUAAAUUUGCCUGGGAUCAAGUUAGCACAGCUUAUUGGAAAAGGUAUCCAAAUCCAUGGAGUUUACACGUGCUGAGUGAGGAUGUUUUGUCUAGAGAAGUUGAGGAUAACAAAUUAAAAACUAAAAGAUUAUUAACAAAGACCAACAGAUUACCAAAAUGGGGAGAAAAGUUUGUAAAUUCAAGAAAUGCUUGUGUAGUAGAAGAAUCCAUAGUUGAUCCCAUUGCAAAAACGUUCACAACUUAUACAAGAAAUAUAACCUAUAAAAUGCUCAUGGUUGUUGAAGAAAAAUGUGUCUAUACUGUCAACCCUCASAAUAAUGAAUGGACUACAUGUGAGAAGCAGUCAUGGAUUACGUCGGAUGUAUAUGGUUUUGCUAGAGCUAUUGAAGCAUUUGGAGUAGAAAGAUAUAAAAAGAAUGUCAAAAAGGCCACCCAAGGAUUAGAACAUGUGUUGGAAAAACUAUUU